AGCCAUGUGUUCUGAAUAGGGAACUAUUUAGGCUUUUGUUAAGUUUUUAAGGUUUUUUUUCUUUUCUUUUGUGUGACUGUUAUCAGUGCAGUGAAGAGGAGAAGAAGUAGUAAGAUUUGUGUCGGGAUAGCGUUACCAGGAUAGGGACGAGUGACACUUCUUGUUGUAAGGACGAGGUUACCAGGCGAGCUUUUCAUUAAAGCUGUUUGUUUGUAGGUUUUGGUUUCACUUGCUUUGCUGUGAAUAGCGAACGGUAGCCAAGAUCUAACAGUUGUGCCAUUGUUUGUGCGGUGUGUUUGUGUUGCAUUUAGCGCGAAGAAAAAGAAAAAAGUUUCUUAAUGUGUGUUUUUAAGAUAGAUUGUUUAUUAUUUUUUGUUUAUAUAUACUAUAUUUUUGGUUAACUUUAAGUAUUAUUUGUGCGGCUAAAUAAUUAGCUUAAAUGCUUUUAAAAAUAAUUUUGCCAGAUUUUAAUUUCUAAAAGGAUUUCCAUGUAAAUCUCUGUAAAUAUAUAUUUUUUAAUCUGUAAAGGCACUGCCAAAUAUAAUAGAAAUAGUCUGUUUCAAAAUGUAUAAAAAAAUUCAAAUUGUAAAAUUACUAAACAACUGUCCAGCAGAUUUAUCUCUUAUGCAUGUUUUUUUUUUUUUUACUGUUGGUGACUAAUUUAGAACUUGCAGAUUUGAGUUGCCUGAAUUGGCUAGACAGCUGUAAUCGCACUCCUCCUAGUCUUAAUCUCUUUAUCUGGGCAGCAGCUGCCAUAUGGCCUCAGUCAGCUGGAUCAGAUGUUCAUAAGCCUCCUUCUCUGUCCCUCUCUGUCCUCCGAGCCUCCUAAUUUGAUCGCUGCUACCUUGCGAGCUGUCCUGCAAUCUUUAUUUUUAGCCAUCUUAAGGAUUAGGAUUGAUGUGGACUACAGGGCACUUAAAGUGAUUGUAUUGUAAAUCUGCUGUGGGCUGCCUCUUUGGGGAGGAUGUUCCAUUUCUCGAAAGAUUUGGGGAGGGGAGAGAAGAGGAGGAGAAGGAGGAGGAAGAGGAGGAGGAGGAGGGGUUGGCUAGGGGUUGGCUGUCCCACGUCUGCCCCCUCCCCGUAAGCCCCUCAUUAACGAAGGUCUGAGCACUGUUUAAGGGGGGGUUUGGCUUGGUAUCCCAAUCAGAUUUAAAUGAAGAUUCAAAUGAGUUCAUUUAAGUGCGCUGGUUGAACAUGGUGCCCAUGCAUUUUUUGAGGCGGGAGCUGUCUCCACGAGUAACAGGUUAUGAAGACAGCAUGGAGUUUCCAGACCACAGCAGACACUUGCUACAGUGUCUGAGCGAGCAGAGGCAUCAGGGAUUCCUUUGUGACUCCACUGUUCUGGUUGGCGAUGCCCAGUUCCGAGCCCAUCGUGCGGUGCUGGCUUCAUGCAGCAUGUACUUCCAUCUCUUUUACAAGGACCAGCUGGACAAAAGGGACAUUGUUCAUCUGAACAGUGACAUUGUCACGGCCCCGGCCUUUGCUCUCCUGCUCGAGUUCAUGUACGAGGGGAAGCUCCAGUUCAAAUCGCUGCCCGUGGAGGAUGUGCUGGCCGCCGCCAGCUACCUCCACAUGUAUGACAUUGUCAAAGUGUGCAAGAAGAAGCUUAAGCAGAAGGCAACAGCUGAGGCUGACAGCACCAAGCGCGAGGAGGAUGCAUCCAGCUGCUCAGACAAAGUGGAGAGCUUCUCGGAAGGCGGCAGCACAGGUCGGCCAGCCACCGCUGACCUGCUGCACAGCGAUGACGAGGAGCUGGAGAACAAGCGGGACUGUCUGCAGGAGCCGGGCAGCAUGUGGAUGCGGCUGGCCUCAGAACGUACUGCCUCUCCAGCCACCAGCCCCAGAGAGGCAGAGCCCCGCGGGCCUGACACCGGCAAGUCCCCGGCCGGCAGCCCGAGCAGUUCCACUGGCUCACUGUCCCGCCGAUCAGUGCCCUCCCGCAGGGUGUCUGCCGAUGCUGACUGUGUCCUGGACUUGUCAGUAAAGUCUGGCCUGAGUGGGCCCCCUGGGGAGGUUGUGGCCAGCGGAAACCCUUACUUCUGCGGCCCGGUGACCCCAGAUAGCCUGCAAAAUGCACUAGUGCAGGUGAAGGUAGAGAAGGAUGCGGGCUCUGAUGAUGACGAACUGGCGAGCGGCGAGUACGAGAUGGAGCACAGCGGCCUGAAGGAGCCGCCCAGCACCAAUGGCACCCAUGCCAUCCACUCAGUCCAGCAGAGGCGACUGGGCCUGGAAGCGCACCUCUCGGCUCUGCGUGAGGCGUCGUUGGCCGGUGAGCUGGAGCGGGACAGCAAGACGGUGGAGGACGAGAGCGAGGUGCUGGGCGGUGACGGUGAUCGCGGGCAGGAUGCGGCCAGCGUGGAAAGCUCCCUGCUACCCUACGUGUCCAGCAUGCUGGGCGCACCGCACGCGCAGAUCUUCAUGUGCCCUUUAUGCAACAAGGUCUUCCCCAGCCCGCACAUCCUGCAGAUCCACCUCAGCACGCACUUCCGUGAGCAGGAGGGCGUCCGCGCCAAGCCGGCGGGCGACGUCAACGUGCCCACCUGUUCCAUCUGCGGCAAGACCUUCUCCUGCAUGUACACGCUGAAGCGCCACGAGCGGACCCACUCGGGCGAGAAGCCCUACACGUGCACCACGUGCGGCAAGAGCUUCCAGUACUCGCACAACCUGAGCCGGCACGCCGUGGUGCACACACGCGAGAAGCCGCACGCCUGCAAGUGGUGCGAGCGGCGCUUCACGCAGUCAGGGGACCUUUACCGGCACAUCCGAAAGUUCCACUGCGAACUGGUCAACUCUCUGUCCGUCAAGAGUGAGACUCUCAACCUGCCCACAGUCAGAGACUGGGCGCUGGAGGAUAGUUCUCAAGAACUGUGGAAAUGAAAGCUAAUGAAAACCCCUUUCAAAUUGCUUUUUAAGUUAAGAGAGCAAGAAAGAGAGAGAAAGAGUCAGAAAGAAAGAAAGAGAGCGACAAUGUGAGGCAGAGAGGUAAGGGGGUCAAGAGAUGGGCAGGGAGGUGGUGGAAAAGGUCUGCAUCAGUCAUGUUUCUUCUAUGUACAUUGCUUAUCUUGUUAAAUUGCACUUUACUAGCACAUGAAAAAAAUGUUACUACUGAUUUUUAUUUUCUGGUUUACUUAGUUGUGUUUUUUAUUCGUUUAUUUUAUUUUUAAAGACAUGGGUGCUGGCUACAGCUGUCACCUCUUGACACAAAAAUUUGUGUGAAUCUGGAUUUGACAGUGUAUACACAUAAACUCCUUUACACUCCUGGAUUUUAUUGAACAUGCCAUGAACAGAAAAGAAAAAUCAUGAAGAUUUCAGGUAAUACACUGAAGAAGUUCAAAACUGAUAAGCAUACACUAAACGGGUACUACGAUCCUAUAUUUACCUGUACACACGAGGCUCGUCCGCGAGCGUGUGUGUAUAUAUAUCGUGCACUACUAUACCUUUUUAUUUUGCAAAUAUCAUACCUGGUGUGUGAGUGUGGCGGCACGCAGACGCUGCGUGUUAACAAGUUAGUCCUUUAAAUCCUGCGAGGAUUUUGCUCGAGAAGCUCCAAGCUUGUGUUAUUUAGGCUCUUGUACAUUUUUUUGUUCCUUUUGGAAAUCUUGUGAUAGGAAACUUGACUGAUAGAAGACAAAAAAGGCACUCAUGCAAUGUACAGCCUCCUUUUUCAUAUCAAUUGACACGUUUUUAUAUGGUUUGAUUGAACUGAUGAUUUGUUCAUCUUUGAUUUAGUUGCAGACUCUCAACACUCGUUUUCUACUGAGAUUGGGUUUACGUUCGCUGCAUUUCUAGAGAGAUUUCUGUAGUGUAUUUUUAAUUUUUAAUUUGUUCUGUUUUUUUUUGUUUGUUUGUUUCUUUUUCUCGUUUUCAAAAUGGGAUCUGUUGCAUGACGUCCAACAUGUAUAUUAAAGAAGAUGUGAAUUGCUGUAUUACUGUACACUGUAAUUGACCGAUUCAUUACAGUCAGGGCACCUGUCUGUUUAAAAAAUAUAUAUAUACUUUAAUAUUACAGCUGUAGAAAUUGCAUGAAUUUUAUUUAACUUACUCUUAUUUUUGUUGUUGUUUUGCAUUGGAGAGUGUAUUUUUUAUUGAACUCAUUCGAUUCCUAAGUAGGUUUUUUAUUAUUAUUAUUAAUAUUAUUAUUAUUAUUAUUUUUUUUUUUCUCCUAUGGUGACUCCUGUUAAGACAUUCUGCUGGGCUGUGAAGAUGUAAGGUGUAAAUGCACUGAUGUUAGGUGGGAUGUUGAAGUGUGUCUGUGUGCACGAGGCAUCUUGCUCCAGGCUUAUAGUAGACGGCAGGAGUUUGAUACGGGGCUGGUGUGUCAGCGGAGGCUUAACCCCUGCUGAACAUUUGUUCCAAAGCUAGUGUGGUUCCUGCUUAGCACCUCCUCACGCGCUGCUGUUCUCCAACUGCUGGUCUCCAACUGUUGUUUACUCGCGUCUAGCAUUUUGAAACGUGUCAAGCUUUUUUGUUAGUUUUUUUUCUUUGUUUGUCAGUAACUUAUUUAUUUAUCCGUUCGAUUGGCACUUGCUUCAAAUUCCGUGGCCAUGAAGAUUCAGUUUGCUGUUAUAACUCCUGUGUCGGCUCCUGUAAAGAUGGGCUCAUCAGAUCUACUGUGUGUGGCAAAGGCUGAAGUAUCGGUAAACAGCAUAAAGCUCCAAUCUGUGUGAUUUGACUGAGUGAAUGUCAGUGUGUGUGCGUGUGAGAGUGUGUGGUGUGCUUUGUUUUUUUUUUUUUUUUUUGUUUUUGUUCUUUUGUACUCAAAGCAUAAUCCUUCCUCUGACAGGAGAAAAUGUUUGGCAUGCUUGGUUGCACCUUUUUAAAAAAGCUUAACAAAAUUAGAUUAAUGCUGAGAAAAAGAUGCCUUUAUGAUUUUAACUCUUAAUUAAAAGAAAGACGCAUUAACAUUAUUACAUUAAGUUCAGAUCUAUAAAUUCUAGAUGAAUAAAAUGGUUACAGUGCUGUAGAAUGACAUUUCAUUGUUAUGUGUGUGAUUUGAAAAUAUAUAUUUUGUUUUAUUUUAUUUUUUUUGUUUUGUAUAAUUUAUCAAUUUUACUUUUUGUUUAAAGUGAAUGUGAAAGAGUUAACUAGAUAAAAGUUCAUCUAAACACCAUUUGUCAUUUAAAAUUAUUAACGAUCAAAACAAAACGGCAAAAAAACCCUACAAACAAAAACAACAACAAAAAAAAAAAACAGAUGAAAACCUAAAUUUGGAGAAGCGCUGUUGUCAUGGAGCUGUAAGUAAGUAAGUGAGCGAGCGAGCGAGCGCAGUGCUGAGUGCAGUGCUGAGCGCUUGGCCUGCUGCUGCUGCUGAACAGAAUGAGGAGGCAUCGGAGGCUCCACGCUGAUGGUGGGCCGGAGGAGGAGGGGUGGGGGAGUGAGAGGGAGUGAGGGAGUGAGGAAGGGAGGGCUCGCGUGCCUCUUUGGCCCUCAGGGGCUUGAGCUUCCCCAGCGUAGAUUUUGGUUGGUGCAACAGCUAGUAAAAAAGGGUUGAUCUUGCCGACAGACAGCGCGCACUCCUUGGGCGUUUUGCACGGUGGUACUUUUAUCUUUUGCACUCUAAAAUAUGAAAAAAGAAGAAAAAACAAGAUUGAUUGUGGGUUUGUUUGUAUUUUAUUUUGAUUUAUUUUUUAUUUUUUCAGAGUUUUCUUUUUUUUUUUGUUUUGUUUUGUUUUAAUUUCAUUUCAUUUUGCUGGCUUCUACUAUUGUACUUGACCGCCUUAAACUACUGUUAACAGCCUAUUGAUGCUCAGAGUGGGGAGAAGAACUGGAACGGGCGAGUUUACUGGAUGUAUUUUGUUUCACUUCUGUUCAAAUGGCAAUGAUGCUGUGAAACGGCGUAUGAAGCAUGUCCGUAAAAUAGACAAACCUUUUAGUUUACUUGAAAAUAACGGAAAUGCCCAGCGUGAAGAAGAUCAAGGACUAAAAAUUGAUUAAGCCUAGCACGUAGGAGAAGAGAGGAUAAGAACGAACGAUAUAUCUGUCGAGAAAAAAAACAACUAAAAAGGACAAUCGCUUUUUGAAAAAGAAGCCGAUUGCCUUCACAUGUAUUUGCUUCCCUUAUGAGAUUUUUUUGGUAUGUUGACAUUUGUUCUUUUUAUGGAUUUAGGCAUUUAGCUUUGACAAUCAUAGUAUGUUUCAUUUUCUCAAGGGAAGUAAAUUAUGAGGCUGUUUAGUUUUGUACUUUUUGGUGUGCUGUUGGUGAAAUUUUUAAAUUGUGUGCAAACUGCAAUAAAUUAUAAGUACCUUCA